AUCCAGUGUCAUGGUGUUGUGUUAACAGUUGUGUCUCUCAACAGGUCCAUCAGGCGUGAACCAACAUGGCUACACCAGACCUGGCUGUCCUCCCUACGCCUGGGACCAUCCUCACCCACCACAGACAGAUUCUGCCUACUUGAGGUUAGGUCCUAUGAAGGUUGUGAGGAGGCAGUUGAAGGUUCUUCUGGUGUUUGGUCGGGAAGACAAUGUGAGCGAGGCGUGGUGGUCAGCGUGCAAGAGGCAGGGGUACGACGUGGUUCUCAAACGCAACACGGAGGACGCCAUCAAGGCCUUCCUCGAUCAUACUCACGACCUCAUUAUCAUAGACGCAAGAUCUUCGAAGCACCUGAGCGCGGAGAAUGUGUGUAGGUCGAUACGCGCUGCGGACCACAGCCAGUUCACCGUACUUGUUGGUAUUGUAAAAAAAAAUUUUGCAGAUCGUGAGAAUGCCACCGUGGGACCAAUGCUGAAGAACGGCUAUAAUAGGAUUGUUACAGAAGUGUCAACUGUUGGUGGAGUUCUCAAUGACUUGAUCCAGAUUGAGUAUUCAGAGUUGUCCAGCCAGUCACAGUUGAGGGCUAUGCAAGCAGUGUUCUCAGCCUUGGACAGUUGUAAAGAAGUAGUGCACAUAACUGACACCCAACACAGAAUACAGUAUGUUAAUCGUGCGUGUGAAAACAUCUUAGGGUAUUCCUUAGAGGACGUGGCCGGUCGCAACUUGUGGGAGUUACACAUUUCCGACAGCCACAAGCAAGAUAUACGAGCCUUUGACCACAGAUCCUCCGUCGAUUUUAAAACAUCACUGGAGCACCAAAGAGCGGGGACGGACCACAGACAGCCAAUUGACCACAAAGCUGGAGAGCCUAGAGUGAACCUCGACAUCUCAGAAGCUGUUAAUAUGCAAAUGAGACGAGGAAGAGAAUGGGAAGGGGUGGUCACUUGUCGACGGAAAUCUGGAGGCGCAGUCCAUCUGCCCUCAAAAGUUAUCCCUGUUGCUCCUCUUACCAGGAAAAAUGAGUAUUAUAUCUACAUGAGUGACACUCACGCACUGGACCGACUAGAGUUCUCUACGGUAGACCACUUUCAUCCUCGGGGCUCCAUCAAAUCCCUGAGGAAAGGCUCACAUGAUAUACGCUCACUGAACAGCGAUGCUUUUACUUUACUAGGGGGGCCUCCUGUAGAAAACGAUCACCCGGGACGCGUUUUGAGUGCCCCCGUUGAACGAGAGAAGUUUACCUUUAACCGCAACCUGAACUUUGAGAGUCUGAACUUUGUAGAGGGGACUCAGAACAUCAUCCGUCGCCAGAGUUUGGUCAAACUCCACUCUCUCACCAUCGAGGCUCCAAUCACCAGAGUCUUCAACAUCAUCAACGCCGCUCAAGAGAACUCCCCGGCCUACGUUGCACAAGCCCUGGAGAAGGUGCUGGAGAUACUGCGCUCAACCGAACUCUACUCUCCCCAGCUGAUAUCGGCAACCCCAGAUAACGUCAGACCAGUGCCCGCUGAUCCCGUAGCAACUGACCUCCUUGGGGGACUCCUCGCGCAAGGCCCAAAGCCACUGCUUUCUGGUCGUCGCAGCAGUAACGACACAGCCGUCAAGGUCAGUCAGCUGUCGCGGCAGUCGUUACCAGCCCUCCAUCAACAAGCCUCUGCAGCGAUACGAGAGCUCCUGGCAGAUGAUUUGUCCUGGAACUUUGACGUCAUUAAACUUGAAAAAAUCUCAGACAAAAGACCGCUAGUGUGGCUCGGUAUGAGUCUGAUGUGUAAAUUUCACGUGCCGGAUACACUAGGCUGUGAUGAACAAACCAUACAAAAUUGGCUGACGCUAAUAGAAGCGAACUACCACUCCGACAAUACUUACCACAACUCCACUCAUGCUUCCGAUGUCCUCCAAGCGACUGCGUACUUCCUCAACCAGGAGCGACUGGGACAGCUGUUAGAUCCUCUCGACGUUGCGGCGUCCCUCAUCGCUGCGGUUGUUCACGACGUCGAUCACCCCGGCAAAAACAGUGCAUUCCUCUGCAACACAGACAAUGAACUAGCUAUCCUCUACAAUGACCUGAGUGUCUUGGAAUCUCACCACGCGGCUGUGUCCUUCAAGUACUCGCACUCGGACGACCGUGUCAACAUUUAUAAAGCCCUGGAUCGAGACACUUACAAGCAUGUUCGCAAGAGCGUCAUCGACAUGGUGCUGGCAACAGACAUGACCAAACACUUCGAGCACCUCAGCAAGUUUAUCAACAUGUCGGGCAACAGCAAGACACCGGUUAAGGAUGAUGACACGACAUCAUUUGAUGGGGCAAGAGAUUCCCCAGACUUGAUGUCCUUUGGCACCCCCGAGAACUUAGUCAUAAUCAAGAGGAUGAUGAUCAAGUGUGCAGACGUGAGUAACCCCAUGAGGCCUCUACACCUGUACAUCGACUGGGCUCAUCGCAUUGCUAACGAGUACUUCAAUCAGACUGAAGAAGAGAAGAAACGCAGCCUGCCGAUCGUGAUGCCACAGUUUGACCGCACCACGUGCUCCAUCCCCAAGUCUCAGAUUGGCUUCAUUGACUUCUUCAUCAAUGACAUGUUUGAUGCAUGGGACGCUCUGGCAGAUAUUCCUGAGCUGAUAGAACACCUGAGAUGGAACUACCAGUACUGGAAGGAACAAGAAGAGGCCGCUAACGCCAUUAUUACAGUGUCUCAGAAUCAACCUCUGUGUAAGGCUGACGAGGAGGACGAAGAGGAAGACGAGACGAAGGAAGAAGACAUAGCCGAUAGGGAAAAUAACAAUCCAGCGGAGGACGCGAGCUAGUAACGUCCGACGCGUAGACUAGCUCGGUAGUGAUUGGGUUCAAAAUUCCCUUCGUGGUGGUGACAGUGUACGAAGGGGCUGGGCGGUAUCCUCGAGGGUAUGACUCGCAGUAUCCGGACAUGUGCGGAUGUCUUCUGCUUUCAGUUGUUUUUAUUAGUAUGGAUAUUCUUACUUCACUGAUGGCUACUUCCCACGACCACCAAAUCCGAUAUAAUUUUUUAUUUAAGUAUUUUCUAUUGUCUUCUGAGUAUAAAUAGUUUUAUUGAGUUGGAAGCAGUAACUUGUGGAAAUUUUUUAUUUAUUCUAAGCCACUAAGAGAUAUUCGAGUUUUUGUACUUAAUCCUCCGAGCUAAAACAGACUCGAGUGUGUGUAUGUGUGUGUGUGGUUCAUACUUGGUGGUAUAGUCACAUACAUACUCUCUAAGUCUGCAGCCCUCGCUUGUCUGCUUAACUCUCUCUUAUGAAAAUUUUCUCCUCUGUAAACAACAAUAAAUUUGGAUUUUUCGUUUAAAUGUCA